ACGCGUAUCGAUGUCGUGUUGUCAUCUUUAAUCGCCGUCGCCACCAAUUGGCGUCGUCGAGGUCGGGGAGUCUCAUUUCUCCACACAUUUGUCCCUCGUUGCCAUCUUCGCUGGGUCUGUGCUAUGAGAGGCAAGCAUUUAAGCGGAGGGAGCGAGAAUCGAAGACCGAGGAGGGAGCAAGUAAAGAAAUCGUACGGGUCUCCCGGAUUCCCAGUUUGGGGGAACGCAUCAUGAGCGCAGCCCACUCGGCGCGCCUGGAUUGUCGCGCAUGCGCACUGAACAUUUCGGGGAUGGGUCUCACGAGCGAAUCAAGAUGGCGACUCUGGCAAAAGCGCUACCGCAGCUAGCAAAGUAGAUGCGCCAAAUCGGCCCCUUGAGCGGCUUUGCUCGCGCCCCAGCGAGUCUUUGCUGAACCAUGACGAUCGGGCGCGUGCUUUGGAGACGCGAUUGAGCGGGAUUCGAAGGAGCGCGGACGACGAUGUGCGAGAGCUAUGGCCGCUCGCUGCUGCGUGUGUCGGUGGCGCAGAUCUGCCAGGCUCUGGGCUGGGACGCCGUUCAGCUAACCGCCUGCGACCUGCUGGCCGAUGUGCUGCAGCGAUACAUCCAGCAGAUGGGCCGAGUCUGCCAUCGGUACUCGGAGCUGUACGGGAGGACAGAUCCCGUCCUGGACGACGUGAGUCAGGCUUUCCGGCUGCUGGGGGUGAGUCUGAGCGAGCUGGACGACUAUGUCAACAACCUGGAGCCCGUGGCCUUCCCCCAACAGUUGCCCGCCUUCCCCGUCGGCAAGAACAACGUGCUGCAGUUCCCUCAGCCCGGCGCGUCGCUCGCCGAGGAGCGCAAGGAGGAAAUUCCCGAUUACAUGCCGCCGCUGGUCUCCCUGCAAGAGGAUGAGGAGGAGGAGGAGGAGGAGGGCCUUCCCGCCAUGGGCACCUCGGCCGAAGCCAUGCAGGUGGCCGUGGAGGAGGACGAGGACGACUUUGACGAGGACGAGACGGUCAACGACGAGAACCACCCGCUCAAGAGGCCCCCGGACAGCCCCGACGAGGCGCUGGGCAUGAUGCCCACGGCCAAGCGGCCGCGCACCCUGCCGGGCCUCAGCCCGGAGUGGGGGCCCGAGCCCCGGGAGCCCUUGACCUCCCUCAACCCUCAGCGCGUGCCCCCGCCGGCCGCGCCGCCCUCCCGCGACGGCCUGCGGCCGCCGUCCCCCGAGAGCCCGCCCGGGGCCCCGCCCUCCUUCAGAGCGCAGCCGGCCCUACCCAAAUACCCCGAGCAAAAGGCCCCGGCCGUCCCCGCAAAGAAGCCCAAAGUCCCCUCGCCUGCCAGACAAAGAACUAAGUCGCCCAAAGGGCCGCUUCACGCCUGCGGGGCCGGCAGUCCCGUCCACUCCCCGCCCAAAACCCCCAAGGAGAGGAAAAAAUCGCCAGGGCGGACAAAGAGUCCGAAAAGUCCCAAGAGCCCCAAGGUGGCGGCGGCGGCGGCGGCGGCGGCGGCCAAGCCCCCGCAGGCCAAGGCGGACGGCCUUCACAAGUUGCCCUUGUCGGUGCUGAGCGAGCGCAUGGGCAAAGAGAACAUCCACGUGCGGCACAACGUGGACAGCAAGGAGCCCGACGGGGGCCCCUUCCUCAAAGCCGCGCCGGACAACGGCGCCAUCGAGGACUCCAUCAGCACCGUCAUCGCCAAGGCCUGCUUGGAGCGCCGGCCCGACCCCUUCGCCUUCUCCUCGGGCUCCGACUCGGACAGCGACGACUUCCCCGGCCCCCGCGGGCCGAGCGUCGCCGAGCCGGGGGCCGGCAGCGGGGCCCCGCCGGGCGCCCCCGCGCCGCUCCAGCUGCAGCUGGGCCCGGGCAAGUGGACCCUGGACGACUCCAUCGACGAGGUGAUCCGCAAGGCGCACCGGGGCGGGCCCUCCCCCCGGCCGCCCGAGCGCCAGCGCUACGUCUCGUCCGGCUCCGCCUCUCCUCCCACGCCCGAACCCCUGCUCAAGGUGUUCCGGGAGAAAGCCAAGCUGUCGGCGCCGGACGCCAAGAAGAAGCCGAAGAGCAAGCUGAGGAAGAAGGAGAAGCCCCGAGACAAGGAGCGGGACAAGGACAAGGACAAGAGCAAGCUCAAGGACAAGAACAAGGAGAAGAGCGGCAAGGCCAAGGACUCGGCCAAGGACGGCAAGCUUCUCUGGAAGGACUUUGGCCUGAAGGAGGACCAACUCUUGGCCCAGCCCGAGGCCGCCGUCAAGCUCAAAGGCCGGGACGGCGAGGGCGCCGCCGGCGGGGGCCCCAAAAAGGACAAGGACAAGCACAAAGACAAAAAGAAGGACAGGGAAAAGGCCAAGAAGGAGAAGGAGAAGAAAGACAAAGGCAAAGAGCGGAGCCGGGACGAGCGGCACAAGCAAGGCCCCCCGGCCCCCGCCGAGCUCCCCGCCCUCUUCGCUCCCCCCUCCUGCCAGCGCCUGCCCGCCCUCGUGCCCGCCUUGAUGCCCGCCCUCCAGGACGGCAAGAGCAAGGAGAAGGACAAGAAGAAAGACAAGAAGGAGAAGAAGAAAAAGAAGGAGCGAGAGAGGGCCAAGGAGAAGGAGCGCGACAAGGAGGAGAAGAGGAAAGAGAAGGAGCGCGACAAGGACAAACGGGACAAGGACAAGGACAAGGAGAGACUCCGAUUGGAGAAGGUGAAGGCGGCGGACGCUCCACUGGUGGCUCCCUCUCCCGUCAUUCCCAGAUUGACGCUGCGCGUGGGAGGCCAGGACAAAAUCGUGAUCAGCAAGGUGCUUCCGAACUCCGAAGCCAAGGUCCCCGCUGGCAAGACGGCCGGCGCCAAGUCGGCCCCCGCCUCUCGGCCCCGCUCGCCCCCCCCGGCCCCCGUCCCGCUGCCGGCCCUGCCGUGCGCGGCCGGGCCUCCGUCGCCGCUGGCCCCGGCCCUCCCCCCCGCCGCCGCCGCCGUCGCGCCCUCGCCGUCGUCCUCGCUGCUGUCGGCGCCUUGCCGCCUCCCCCCCGCUUCCUCCUUCAAGAUGCCCGUUCGCAGCGUGGUCACCGAGACGGUCAGCACCUAUGUGAUUCGAGACGAAAGCGGAAAUCAGAUCUGGAUCUGUCCUGGAUGCGACAAGCCCGACGACGGCAGCCCCAUGAUCGGAUGCGACGACUGCGACGACUGGUACCACUGGGUUUGCGUGGGAAUUGUGGCGGCGCCCCCUGCAGACCAGCAGUGGUUUUGUGUCAAAUGUUCCAGCAAGAAGAAGGACAAAAAACACAAGAAGAAGAAACACAAACCGCACUAAGCGCAAGCAGACACAUUUUGGGGGGGCCGAACUUGAAAGAAGCCGUCGGGCACUGACAAAAGUUUCAAAUCGACAACAAGGAAAAAGGAUUUUUCACCACGUUAGCCGGCGUGACGCGGCCUGAAAAACAAAAACAACCCCCCCCCCCCAAAAAAAAUGCCUUUGGAGCCAGCGCAUCAGGAGCCUGGCAAUCGUCUCAACCAAAAUUCUCACAGAGAAGAUUUCCCUUUUGCUAUCUUUGCUUUCGGUGUACAGAAUGAUGCCCCCCCCCUUUCCCAACUGCUCCCAGUGUAUAAAUGUAAAUACCGAUUCUCAA